AUGCUCUCCUGCUCAGUCGGCCCAGUCCGCCCAAUAUCCAUGAUCACUGACCGUAACGCCGAUCGGGCCGAGCUCGAGAUUGUGGAUAUGGGGGUCCAUCCCCCUACCGACAGGCCAGAAGGAAAAUACUUUUUUGGAGCAGCAUCCUACUUUGAGAAAUUCCAGAGCCCGGUGAUCGAGAUCGUGGUUGGCGAGACGGCGCCUCGCACCUUCCGAGCACACAAGGCAAUCCUCUGCAAGUCCCCCUUCUUCAACUGCGCCCUCAACGGCAGCUUCAAAGAGGCCAGAGAGAACAUGGUCAAGCUCCCUGAAGACGACCCCAAGAUCUUCUCGUCCAUCCUCGAGUAUCUGUACGGCGAUGAAUACUCUCCCCGGAUGAUUACCAGAGUCGGUGGCAGGCCCCACCCACACACGCCGUCGUCGGCAUUUGCCAACAUCUUUGGGCACCCUGUUCCAUACCGCCUUGGCAGCGACGGGGUUAUUGAGACGGGGUCGCCAGCGCGGCCAGGGUCUGCUCAGCUGCAGAUGCUAAACCACACGGCGCCGGUGAGAGAGAUUGAGGGCUACGACGGGACGGAGAACCCUGAGCAGCAGUGUGAGGCGGCGCUGAGGCAUGCGAAGAUCUACUGCUUGGCGGAGAAGUUGGGCAUUGUUGGGCUGCAGACGUUGGUGCUGGAGAAGCUGAAGCUGUGUGGGCCCGUCAAGGAUGUGUUGUUUGUGAGGGUGGCGGCGUACCUGGUUGAGAAUGCGUCGGAUGUGGAUGGGCAGUUGACGGAGUUUUUGACGCCCUAUAUUCCCGGUAUUCCGAAGCCGGCGGCCGCGGUGACGGUGACGGUGUUGGAGUAG